UGGCGCGAAGAUUCGUCCUUAAAAUUUAUGACUACAGUUGACAUGGUAUUUUCUUAACGAAAGAACGUGUUUAGAGAUAAUUGCCUCAGUAUGGAGGAGGAAGUGAGGUCAUACUCCAUGUCUCAAGCUCUAGAACUAUUACAUGAAGAACUUACAUCAGAGCUAGAAACAUAUACAUUAAGUGUUAAACAGUCAAGAAGCUUAAGAAGAUAUCUGUCAGUAUUUCAUCAUGGUGUUGUACGGAAUCUGUAUCACUGGACAACACUUGUGUUAGCUGUUCUCAUAGCUGUGGCUCUACUUGUUGCUUAUGGUUUUAGUGAAACAAAAAGCAGCAAUGACAGCAUAUGGAUAGUUAUUGAAGCAUGUAUAAUCCUGGUGUCUGUGGCAGGGAAUGUUUGGAUAGCACUACACAAUGCCUCACAGGAGAGAUAUGAAUUUGUCCGCCUUCUCCAGGAAAUUCUGAAGAGACUGGCCUCUUGCAUGAAAUACAAUACAUGGAACAGGCCAUAUUUUCCAGGAAUAGACUCCCCAUCUUCUCCUUGUCUCUCCUUAGUGUGGACUCUAAGAGAAGGAAAUGUUUAUAAUAUGCCAACCCCAUUGCUAGUUAAAGGAGAUGUCAUAUUAUUGAGGCCUGGACAUAAAGCACCUGCAAGGUGUAAACUUUUAAAGAGUAUAGGUGUUGGUAUGGACACAGUUAUUCUGGAGGAAGGAGAGGUUUUCUCCCCUGAUAUACAAACUGAUAUCUACAACAUGCCAAAAGUUCGAGCUCCAACUCAAACUCAGAAAUUCUUACUCCUUGAAACACCAUAUGUAAAAUGCUUGAGACAUAUAUUUCAAGAUACUCAUCGCCCGCCCAGUAUUGUAGAACAUGAGAAGUAUACUAUAAUGACCAAAUGGAUUGGUCAUAGGAUUGUUCCUGUAGUACUGUUGAUUAUGUUUGUGACCAAUGUUGUCAGACUGAUCCAUCUAAAGGGCCAUACUGGACACUGGACAGAAAUGAUCAUUACAUUACAGGUUCAAGCAAUAUUUCCCAUAGUACCUUUGAUCAUACCAGUAAUGUAUCUACUGAUUAACUUCUAUGGUCAAGCACGAGUGUUUACAGCAUUUGAGGCUGGGAAAGGAGCUAAGACAUUGUUCAGUGUACACUUUGAUGACCCGUCCUGGGACCAGCAUCUGUCAUCUCUUAAACCAUUGGGUUUGACUGUAUUAGCAAACACAUGUAAUUUGGAGACAUCAUCCUGGUAUACACAAUUUGCUGAUCAUGUGGCUAGUGCAGGGCUACAGAAUGAAGAAACUGUGGCUGUUGUCAAUAGAAGAUGUAUGUGUUCCUUGGCAAGAGAAAUUGGCUUUUCUAACAAUGCUAUGGAUAUCUUUACUCUCGAAAAAACUCUUGGAAUGUACAGACAAGUGUCUGCCGAGAUGACAACUAAGGAAAGAUUGCAGCGAGCCAAAUCCUUCAUUCAGCAUAAGAUACCGAUGCCAAAUAUGGUGUCUGUGGUCUUACGAGAAAAAAUAUCUGGUUCCUGUCAGUUGCUGACACAAGGUACAGCAGAUAUUGUGUUGUCAUGUUGCACAGAUUUCUGGGACGGUCAAGAUCUCACACCACUAACACCGACAGAAAGGAAGAAGAUACUGGAUUUUUAUCACCGUACAAGUAUUGGUUCAUAUUGUACAGCAUUUUCAUAUUGUCCAGUAAGACAGAGUAUGAGUGGUAGUUCAGUAGAUCUAUAUGUGGAACUCCCAGAUGAUACACAUCUUAUAAACCUGGCUGGUAGUAUGGCCUCGCUUGACAGAGAUCUUGAAUUAAUGUCAGAUGUGCAUGGUCCUUGGGAUUUCCCGCGAUCUUUCAGUGCCGAUUCAUUGAUAGAUUCAAUGAGUAUCCAAUCAGCAGACGACAGUAACAAAGGGGUAUUACAGACACAGUGUAAUCAGGUGUUUAUAGGAAUGGUUACCAUGCAGUAUCAGGCAAGACAGGACUUCAUACAGUUAAUAGACAAGCUGGAAGGAGCGUGUAUACGUUUUGUACACUUCUCCCAGGAGAAUGAGGUACGGAGUCGUGUAUUUGCGGAGAAGAUGGGUCUCGAGGCCGGCUGGAACUGUCAUAUAUCUCUACGUUCUGAGGAACAAUAUCUGUCUGCCAUGUCCGCUAAUAUAUCUGGGCAUGAUGCCUCACAACAUGCCAGCAGACGGUCCACCGUCAGCAUUCCAAAGGGAGAGAAGCCUGUUAUGUCCAAAAUUUCUAGAAAGAUCUCACAGCAGAUGUCAAACAAGGAGAGCAGAAGCCAAAGUGCACCUAGCAUAGUAAAUCUCGGGUCCUCUCAGGUGAAGUUUGAAACCCAGGUGAAAACAGCCAUAGUGAGUCCGAGGAAAGUGAAAGCUGACAUGAUGAUAGAUGCUCAAGUUAUGGAGGAGGUCCUUUUACUACAUGAUGAACAGCUGCAUUAUGGAGAUGACCUAAAUGUAUCAGAUAUAGAGAUGGAUGGUGAGGAUCAUUCGGCCUGGAUGAGUGAGGAGGAUCUUAGCAGGCAGGCGUCCAGUUAUAUCACAGAAAACACCGAGGACAGCCUUGCCUUUGAUAAUAGGGCAAAGUUACCUCGAGGUAUAGAAAAUAUCCGUCCACAUCUUAGGAAUGUAGAUAAUGUACCGUUACUGGUAAAUCUAUUUACAGACUGUACACCAGAGACCACGUCUGAGAUGAUCAGGAUCAUGCAGGAGGAAGGAGAGGUUGUACUCUGUGUUGGCAGCUCUAUUAAUAAACAAAAUGUUCCACUAUUCCUGCAGGCAGAUUGUAGUCUAGCACUGGAGCCAUUGUGUCCACAAGUAUGUAUAAGACAGCCGACUGCCAGUUUGCUAUGGGAUAUGGAUGUACCAACACCUCUGCAGUUAGCCAGCUCCCUUCUCUCUAUCAUGUGUCCCAUUCUAAUCAGUAAAAAUGAAAACAUCAGUUUGAUACAUCUUAUAGCUGAGGCACGUUCCCAGCUGAUGUCAAUGAGGAACUGUUUCUACCUGAUGUUAUGCUGUAGUUUGUCCAUCACGUUUGCUCAGGUUUUAGCUAGUUUAUUUCUACUCCCUCCUAUUCUACCAGCUCAACAUUUACUCUGGCUCUCCUUGAUUGUCGUUCCCCUGCUGGGCCUCACCAUGAUGGGUAACUCUGUAGAUGCUAGAGUGAUGUCCCUUGCUACUAGAAAAAAUGCUCAACAUAUCACUGCAGAGAUGAUACUGCAGUUUAUUGUUUAUUAUGUGAUGAGAUUUUUACCUCCAGUAUCAGCUGCAUUGUUUUGUUACUAUUUAACCCUGCAGUCUUACUGUCAGACUGUCACCCACAAUAACUCCACAGACAGUUGUGCAAUACAUGAUUUUUUUAAUACGUCUCCAGAUGCUAGACGAACUUGGACAGAAAAAUUCUCUGGAGGGCUGGUCCUUGCUCAGAAUAUAUUUGUUUUCCUUCUAGUCUUUUAUUUUGAGUUUAUUUCCUUGAGUUUUGUUCACUGGAAUGACCAUAUAUGGCAACAGUUUCCAGCUACAAAUAAACUUUGGUUGAUUGUUGUACCACUUUUAUUAAUUGGUCAAAUAGUGUUUAGUGCCUGUGAUACGUAUAUAAGAAGUAGAGAAGCCAUCUCCGCCUUGCCUUUAUCUCAAGUCCAUCCUGCAGUGUGGGCAGUAGGGUUGGCCUUUCCCAUCGUCAUGGUGAUCGUGAACGAACUGGUCAAGCAUAGAGAAAUCAAGUUAGCUGUUCGAUCACAGAAGAGAGCCAGACUUGAUUUUGGAACAAAACUGGGCAUGAAUUCUCCAUUUUGAUAUCUUUAAGCAAUAAAUCAAACAUGCUGAACCAAAACAAAGCAGAAAUUGCUUAGGACAUAUCUCUUCAUACUAACUGUUCUCAAUUUUUAAUUGGAUAGUCAUUUCAACCUGUUAUCAAAUACAUUUGCGGACUUAAUCGUCAUAGAGGAAGAAUUGUUUUAAAUAAAACUUAUGUUUUUACCUUUAAAGGCACAUGAGGCCUCAGAAAUUCAUAGUUUUGUUUUGUUUUAUUUGUUACAAACGUCAAUCACGUGUUUCAUAAUGUUUUGAUCAUGGAUUUAAAGCAUGGUAGAUGAGCCAAUAUGGAAAAUGUAGGAGAUGAUUUUUCAUAAAUAUAGCGAAAAAGUAUUUUUGAUAAGAUACCAAAAUAAAUUUUUAGGAUCGUUGAAUGUCCGUUGUCUGUCGUCCGUCCAUACUUGUUCAUUAACACUCUAGUGGUCACAUUUUUGCCGCAAUCAUCAUCAAACUUGGUCAGGAUGCUUAUCUAGUUGAUAGCUCGGAUGAGUUCGAACAUGGGUCAUCUCGGAUGAAAAACUAGGUCAUCAGAGCUAAAAAUAGAAAAACCUUGUUAACACUCUAGCGGUCACAUUUUUGCCUCAAUCAUCAUCAAACUUGGUCAGGAUGCUUGUCUAGGUGAUAGCUCGGAUGAGUUUGAACAUGGGUCAUCUCUAGAGCUGUCAUUGAUUCAGUGCAAAGCAUAUCAACAAUAUAUCGAUAUCAAGUGACUAAAAUCAACGAUACACCGAUAUAUAGAUAAUAUUCUAUACUCACAUGUCUGUCAUUCAUUUUCAUACCUGUUUCAAUGAUUUCAGUCAAAAACAUAUUCUGUACUGAGUGUCUUGUCCAUUGCAUGAUUUUUUCCAGACAAUAUUUUUUGUCACCAUUGCUAUGAAAUAAUUCCACUAUAUAACAAAAGCAUAACAUUAGAUAUAAAUAACUGCUUCUGUUUAUAUUUUGGGUGAAUUUUACAAUUUCUAGACAUUUAAUUUAUUAGUCAAAAGUAUCGAUUUUUUAAAAUGUGUAUCGAUUAUUGAUCGGCAAAAAAAUAUCAACGAUACAUCGAUAUUGUCGAUAUCGAUGACAGCUCUAGUCAUCUCCGAUGAAAAACUAGGCCACAGGAGCUAAAAAUAGAAAAACCUUGUUAACACUCUAGUGGCUACUGUUUUGAUCCAAAUAUCCUGGAAAUUGGUCUUAAAGUUUGUUUGAUGAUUUCUAGGUCAAGUUCGAAUAUGGGUCACCUGGGUAAAAAACUAGGCCACACUGCUCAAAUAUGGAUAAUCCUAGUUAACACUCUAGUGGUCACAUUUUUGACUCACCUGUCAUGAAACUUGGUCAGAAUGCUUGUCUAGGUAAUUGUUCGGAUGAGUUUGAUGGGUCAGGUGACCGAUCUAGGGCCAUCAUGGCCCUCUUGUUAGGAAAUAAAAUUGAUAGCAUUUCUGAGGCAGUCAUGGAGAGUUAUGAGAAUACAUGCAGAAGUUUCUGGUACCAAGUGUGUUAGUGUUUAAACCUUCAAUACAACAUGCAUAAAGAUGCUCUCUGUUAAUACAUGUUGUAAAGUUUGUUUUAUGCUCAAAUUAUGAAAAAAAGUUCAUCAUUCCUCAUUGUUUGUUAAAUUUUUGUUCAAAAAUUUUUCAGUGCAAGACAGUUUAAUCUGUUUUAUUCAUAUACAUGUAUGAUAAAAUAAAUUAUCUAAUUAAGAAAAA